AUGGUUGAGCCAUCCUAAGAUACCCACAAAAGAGAAGAAAACAAGAGACUUAAAGCAGGAACAGGUCCAUCGAUUGCUGAUGAUCAUAACAAGAUCGGAGGGGAUAUUAAAUUCACUAAGAACCCUGAUUUUAUUCAAUAAAGAAAACAAGUAUUUGACGAACUAUUUGCAGUUCAAUCAAAGAAAUACGAAGAAAUGCCAAGAGAAGCAAUUAAAAUUACCUUGCCGGAUGGAAAAGUCAAAGAAGGAACAAGUUUUGUAACAACUCCAUUAGAAAUCGCUAAAUCAAUCUCAAACAGCUUGCCAGAUAAGAUUUGUGUAGCAAAAGUGAGAUACUCAAGAAGAGUCGGAACUCUUGAUGACGGAUUGAUUAAUCCAGAUGCAGAAAAAGCAGAUUAAGGCGAUAUUUGGGAAUUAUAUGAUUCAUUCAGACCAUUUGAGGGAGAUUGCGAUCUCAAGUUAUUGACCUUCGAGGAUCCUGAGGGUAAAAUGGUUUUCUGGCACUCAAGUGCUCAUAUUUUGGGUGAGUCAAUGGAAAGAGAGUUUGGAGUCCAUCUCUGCCAUGGACCUCCAACUGAUAGUGGAUUUUUCUAUGAUGCCUAUACUGGUCAUGAUAUUUUCAACAAGGAUAACUAUAAGACCAUUGAAGAUGCUGCUAAGAAAGUUGUUACUGAGAAAUAAACAUUCCAAAGAAUCAUUUUGACUAAGGAAGAAGCACUUAAGUUAUUCGAGUAUAAUCCAUUCAAGGUCUAACUUAUCCAAAAUAAGAUCCCAGAGGGUGGAAAGGUCACUGCUUAUAAGAAUGGUGAUUUGAUCGAUUUAUGUACAGGACCUCAUAUACCCGUCACAAGCAGAGUUAAAGCAUUCAAAGUAAUGAAAAAUGCUUCUGCAUAUUGGCUAGGAAAAGCUACUAAUGACAGUCUUUAAAGAAUUUAUGGUGUUACAUUCCCAUCAAAGAAGGAAUUGGACGAACAUAUUCAUUUUAUUGAGGAAGCUGCUAAAAGAGAUCAUAGACUCAUCGGAUAACAUCAGAAUCUUUUCCAUUUCCAUCACUUAUCACCUGGCAGUGGUUUCUGGUAUCCAUAUGGUGCAAAGAUCUAUAAUAAAUUGACUACUUUUAUGAGAGAUGAAUACAGAGUUAGAGGGUACUAGGAGGUUAUUUCACCCAAUAUGUACAACUUGAAAUUAUGGAAAACUUCAGGACAUUACAAGAGUUAUAAGAACAAUAUGUAUCUUUUCAAAGUUGAAAGUUAAGGUUUUGGCAUGAAGCCAAUGAACUGUCCAGGACAUUGUCUCAUGUUCGAUUCAACAAUCAGAUCAUACAGAGAACUCCCAUUGAGAAUGGCUGAUUUUGGUGUUUUGCAUAGAAAUGAAAUCUCUGGAGCUCUUUCUGGUUUCACCAGAGUAAGAAGAUUCUGUCAAGAUGAUGCUCAUAUUUUCUGUGCUCCAGAACAUAUUAUGCAGGAAGUGCUUGGAUGCUUAAACUUCCUUGAUUAUGUCUAUGGUAUUUUCGGAUUCAAUUUCGAACUUGAACUAUCUACAAGACCUGAAGAUAAAUUAGGAGAUGAUGCUCUAUGGGAUCAGGCAGAAGGAGCAUUGGCUGAAGCUUUAAAUAAAUUUGGAAAACCAUGGAAGGAAAACCCAGGUGAUGGAGCUUUCUACGGACCAAAGAUUGAUAUUAAGGUAUUUGAUGCCCUGAAGAGACCUCAUCAAUGUGGAACCGUUUAAUUAGAUUUCUAACUCCCUAUUAGAUUUAAUCUAAUGUACAAGAAUGAUCACCAUGAACAUUUAGACAAGUCGAUGUCCUCAGAUACAGCAAGUGUCCACUCAGAAGCAAGUCAUGCAAGCUAUACUUCUGAAGAAAGCAAGAAGUCAAAUAUGAGAAGUGAACUCUAUGCAAAGGAUGAAUUAGAUGAGGAAGAUUUCACAUGGUAAGAGCAUCCACUAAAGAAUGGCUAUUCAAGGCCAGUCAUCAUUCACAGAGCUAUUCUUGGUUCUCUUGAAAGAUUUAUUGCUAUUCUAAUUGAGCAUUUAGGAGGAAAGUGGCCAUUCUGGGUAUCACCAAGAUAAGCUAUUGUAGUCCCAGUCUCUGAGAAAUUCAUAGAAUAUGGAGAGAGAGUAUAAAUCUAUCUUCAUUAGCAAGGAUUUGAAGUUGAAUUAGACCGAUCUAAUCAUACAUUAGCUAAGAAGAUUAGAAGUUCUCAGCUAGAUUAAUGGAAUUACAUCCUUGUUGUCGGAGAGAAAGAGCAAAAGCACGGUACUGUAGAUAUUAGAAGUAGAGAGCAACAAUAGAUUGGAAGUAAAAGAGUAGAUGAGACUGUUGAAUUCUUCAAAUCAUUAAUACCAAAGAGAUCAAACCAAUUCUUCGAUUUAAUAUCUAAGGCAUGGUCUCCAAAUGAUUUCCCAAUUGUUCACGAAGAAGAGCAAAAGCAAUAGGAACAAUAACAACCAGAAGCUAAAUAAGAAAUCAAACAAGAAUGA